AAUACACGUUCAUGUUCAUCUAUGGUUUUUCAUCAAACUGAAUCUAUUUAAGUUCUUCUUUAAACCCUUCAUCAUUCUCGAUCCUUUUGCCAAAUCAACAACAAUGGCUUCCACCUGCAAUUUCUUGGGAAAUCAGCUCUUCAUCUCUCUCCCAACUCCUAAAACUACAAGAAUUUCCCCUUUUAUCUCCAACAGCAGCAGCAGCAGCAGCAACAGGAAGAGAAUUCCCACCACUCAAUCAAUCCUAGGAAGAAACUCCACUUUGGCUGCUCUUCUCUUCGCCUCCUCCAUUACACCGCAAGCUCUCGCCCUUCCUUCCGCCGACGCUCCUCUCACUGUACCGCCUGUGCUUCAAGCUGAAGCCCCUAAACCAACUCCGGCAACUUCCUCGCCGUUUUCACAGAAUCUCGUCUUAACUGCGCCCAAGGUUCAAGCCCAGGCAACUACUGACCUCCCCGACGGCGCACAGUGGCGGUACAGCGAGUUUCUCAACGCGGUAAAGAAAGGCAAAGUUGAGAGGGUCCGAUUCAACAAGGACGGCGGCGUUCUCCAGUUAACGGCGGUCGAUGGCCGCCGUGCAAACGUCAUUGUCCCCAACGAUCCGGAUCUAAUCGAUAUAUUGGCAAUGAACGGAGUCGAUAUCUCCGUUUCCGAAGGCGAAACUGGUAACGGACUGUUCAAUUUGAUCGGUAGUUUUAUAUUCCCUUUGCUUGCAUUCGGCGGUCUUUUCUUUCUAUUCCGCCGCGCCCAAGGAGGACCAGGUGGACCGGGUGGUCUAGGUGGGCCGAUGGAUUUUGGACGAUCGAAAUCAAAAUUUCAGGAGGUGCCGGAAACCGGCGUCACAUUCGCCGACGUUGCAGGAGCUGAUCAGGCCAAGUUAGAAUUGCAGGAAGUUGUGGAUUUUUUGAAAAACCCAGAUAAGUAUACUGCUCUUGGAGCGAAAAUACCAAAGGGAUGUCUCCUCGUCGGACCACCGGGUACGGGGAAGACAUUACUUGCCAGAGCCGUCUCCGGGGAAGCCGGAGUCCCAUUCUUUUCAUGCGCGGCGUCGGAAUUCGUUGAACUUUUUGUGGGUGUGGGUGCUUCUAGAGUUCGUGAUCUGUUUGAGAAAGCUAAAUCGAAAGCUCCCUGUAUCGUGUUCAUUGACGAGAUCGAUGCUGUUGGGAGACAGAGAGGUGCUGGUAUGGGAGGUGGAAACGAUGAAAGAGAACAGACGAUUAAUCAAUUGUUGACAGAGAUGGAUGGAUUCUCUGGAAACUCAGGCGUGAUUGUUUUGGCUGCCACUAAUCGGCCUGAUGUUCUUGAUUCUGCUUUGUUGAGACCCGGCAGGUUUGAUCGUCAAGUGACGGUUGACAGGCCUGACGUCGCCGGUAGAGUCAAGAUCCUUCAGGUGCAUUCAAGGGGGAAGGCACUUGCCAAAGAUGUGGACUUUGAAAAGAUAUCGAGAAGAACACCGGGAUUCACCGGUGCCGAUUUGCAGAACCUGAUGAACGAAGCAGCGAUUCUCGCGGCCAGACGUGAACUAAAGGAGAUCAGUAAAGACGAAAUUUCCGACGCAUUAGAGAGGAUUAUUGCCGGACCGGAAAAGAAGAAUGCGGUUGUCUCAGAUGAGAAGAAGAAACUAGUUGCUUAUCAUGAAGCGGGUCAUGCUUUAGUUGGGGCGCUGAUGCCCGAGUACGACCCGGUUGCGAAAAUAUCGAUCAUUCCUCGUGGGCAAGCGGGCGGGCUUACGUUUUUCGCUCCGAGUGAAGAGAGGUUGGAAUCUGGACUUUACAGUAGGAGCUAUUUGGAGAAUCAGAUGGCUGUUGCACUUGGUGGAAGGGUGGCAGAGGAGGUAAUUUUCGGGCAAGACAACGUAACAACAGGAGCAUCAAAUGACUUUAUGCAAGUAUCGCGAGUGGCUAGACAGAUGGUGGAGCGGUUUGGGUUCAGUAAGAAGAUCGGCCAGAUUGCCAUCGGUGGAGGCGGUGGAAAUCCCUUCUUGGGUCAACAGAUGUCUUCGCAGAAAGAUUACUCAAUGGCGACAGCAGAUGUUGUGGAUGCAGAAGUGAGGGAGCUGGUGGAUAAAGCAUACUCGAGAGCAACACAAAUAAUUACAAGCCAAAUCGACAUUCUCCAUAAGCUUGCUCAACUUCUCAUAGAGAAAGAAACUGUUGAUGGUGAAGAGUUCAUGAGCCUCUUUAUUGAUGGCAAAGCUGAACUUUAUGUUUCCUAAUUCCCCAUUUUUAUGAUUUUUCUGUAAGAAUUGCAUGUCA